ACAGCUCAGAAGGUAAGAAGUCUCGUAGCACAGCAUUGUCCUUCCUUCUCUAUAUCUCACCACUAGUUUUGAUACAAGAAGUUACGUAAUAUCCAAAAUUGUGGAAAGGAGGAAGAAAUCAGAAAGUUGCAAAACUUAUUCUGUGAAAAGAAAUAGAGAAUUUUGUGCAACAGAGAGUUGGGAAGUAGCAGCCAGAGAAAGAGAAUAAAUAGUGAGAGCGAGAGAUUUGGGCACAAGCAGUCUCCUUGGUGUCUUAUGGGGAGUGAUUUAAAGAUGAAAGCUCUCACUCUGCUCUCCAUCACUCUCUUCUAUGGCUGUAUCUGGACUGAAGCUCAGAAGUGCAAUUUGCUGGGACAAUGGAAGAAUACCCUGGGAUCCAAUAUGACUAUAGAGAGUGUUUCUCAGAAUGGAGAGUUCACUGGUACCUACUUCACCGCUGUAUCUUUAACCAACUCAACCAUUUUGAAAUCACCGCUCACUGGUUACCAGAAAAUCUCUGAGCAGCCAACAUUUGGAUUUACAGUAAACUGGACAUUUUCGGACUCAAUAACAGUUUGGGCAGGACAGUGUUUCGGGAAUGAGAAGGGGAAAGAGAUUCUACUCACUACUUGGCUGCUGAGAUCCAGCCAGAAAACAGAACAGGACAACUGGAUAGGAACAAGAGUUGGUGCCGACACAUUCACCCGGCUGACUAAAAGCAAAAGUCACAAGGAAUUAGAUUUACUGUGACUUCACCAACAGGGAAAGAAGAGCAGCGGCCGCACCAAUAGGAAGAUUUAGUUACGGAGCCUUUGUCCCUGCUCAUAUAAUUCUCUUACGCUUAUUUACAUACAGUGAUUCAUUUCAGUUCUCCUUUAGAUAUUAUGGAUGAUUUGUCUUUCUUUUCACCUCUUCUACUUGUGCCUGGUUUAAACAUGUGAUAAAGACUGUGAUGUGUAUUAUUGUAUUGUGUGAGUCUGAAAGAACAAUGCUUGGCACUUUAAUAAAUUACUUUUCUCACA